AGGGGGUGGCGGGCCCCGGCGGUGGCGGCGCUGGUCUGGCGGGCGGGGGUCUCAGCGAGAACCUCCGGACUCUCCGGUCAUGCGGGGACAGGGGGCUGGAGCCCGGGGCCCGGGCGGCCUGGGUCAGACGGCCGUGUGGGGCAGGGGGCGGACUGGGGUUGCCGUGACGCGGGAGCUGAGCUGGGCCCGGGCCGGCGGGAGGCGGGUUCCUGGCGGCUCCUCCUCGUCGCGAACUCUCGGUGACCUUGGCCAAUUCACUCCGUCUCCUUGAGCUGGCGCCUUCGUCUGUAAAGUGUGAAUUACAAGCCCUGCCUGCCAGCUGUGGCGGUUUUGAGGCUCAAGGGUGACUAGCAUGCAGAUAGCCAUUCUCUGACCUGCUGCCCUUCUUCUGACAUGGCCCACCGAGGUGGGGAGAGGGACUUCCAGACCUCAGCGCGGCGCAUGGGCACCUCGUUGCUCUUCCAGCUCGUGCAUGAGCGGGAGCUGGACCUAGUGUUUCUGGACCAUAGCUAUGCCAAGCCUUGGAGUGCCCACCCAGAUGCCAGUAGUGCCCGCCCCACCCGCAUGCUCUUUGUUACUCCCCGGAGGCAGCACGAAAGUACCAUUGAAUCAGAUGUCCCAAUAGACGUGGAGACAGUCACAUCAACACCUGUGCCACUCUAUGACAAUCAGAAAGCGCGCAGUGUGAUGAAUGAGUGUGAGCGGCACGUCAUCUUCGCUAGGACCGAUGCAGAUGCCCCUCCCCCACCGGAGGACUGGGAGGAGCAUGUCAACAGGACUGGCUGGACAAUGGCCCAGAACAAGCUAUUCAACAAGAUCCUCAAAGCCCUGCAGUCUGACCGGCUUGCCCGCUUGGCCAAUGAAGGGGCUUGUAACGAGCCAGUGCUGCGCCGUGUUGCUGUGGACAAGUGUGCGAGGAGAGUGCGGCAGGCUCUGGCAAGUGUGAGCUGGGACACCAAGCUGGUCCAGUGGCUGCACACCACCCUGGUGGAGACCUUGAGUCUGCCCAUGCUGGCGGCCUACCUGGAUGCUCUGCAGACGCUGAAAGGGAAGAUCCCUACCUUGAUAGACCGGAUGCUUGUGUCAUCCAACACAAAGACAGGGGCUGCAGGAGCUGAAGCCUUGUCCCUUUUGCUGAAGAGGCCCUGGGACCCUGCCGUGGGAGUGCUUUCUCAUAACAAACCAAGCAAGCUCCCUGGCUCUCCUCUCAUCCUUAUUGCCUCCUCUGGGCCCUCUAGUUCCGUGUUCCCCACCUCCCGCCGCCACCGCUUCUGGCAGUCUCAGCUGUCCUGCUUAGGCAAGGUCAUCCCUGUGGCCACCCAUCUGCUGAACAAUGGUAGUGGGGUAGGAGUUCUGCAGUGUCUGGAGCACAUGAUUGGGGCAGUGAGAAGCAAAGUGCUGGAGAUUCACAGCCAUUUUCCCCACAAACCUAUUAUCUUGAUUGGCUGGAACACAGGAGCUUUGGUGGCCUGUCACGUGUCGGUGAUGGACUAUGUCACUGCAGUUGUCUGCCUUGGGUUUCCUCUGCUCACCGUGGAUGGCCCCAGAGGGGAUGUGGAUGAUCCACUCUUGGAUAUGAAGACUCCAGUCCUCUUUGUGAUUGGUCAGAAUUCCCUGCAGUGUCACCCUGAAGCCAUGGAGGACUUCCGGGAGAAGAUUCGGGCUGAGAACAGCUUAGUGGUUGUUGGGGGAGCUGAUGAUAAUCUCAGAAUAAGCAAAGCAAAGAAGAAAUCAGAAGGCUUGACUCAGAGCAUGGUGGACCGAUGUAUUCAGGAUGAGAUCGUGGACUUCCUGACUGGAGUGCUCACUCGCACCGAGGGGCAUGUGGGCUCUGAGCCUCGGGAUCAGGAUGCUGAGAAAAAGAAGAAGCCCCGGGAUAUGGCCCGCAGAGACCUGGCCUUUGAAGUCCCCGAGCGGGGCAGUCGACCUGCAUCACCGGCUGCCAAGCUGCCCGCCUCACCCUCGGGCUCGGAGGAUCUCUCCAGUGUGUCCAGCAGCCCCACCUCCAGUCCCAAGACCAAAGUGACCACGGUGGCCUCUGCUCAGAAGUCCAGUCAGAUUGGAAGCACGCAGCUGCUGAAGAGACAUGUACAGCGGACGGAAGCUAUGCUGACCCACAAACAAGCCCAAGCUCAGUUUGCUGCUUUUCUGAAACAAAAUAUGCUGGUGAGGAAAGCUCUUCCUCCCGGCACCUCCUCCUGUCUCUUUGUUCCUAUUUCAUCAGAACAAACCGAGGAAUCCGAGAAAGAAGAUCUCAGGGUCCAGCUGAAGCGGCAUCAUCCCUCCAGCCCUCUUCCUGGCAGUAAGACCUCCAAGCGACCGAAGAUCAAGGUGUCCCUUAUCUCCCAAGGGGACACAGCUGGAGGGCCUUGUACUCCUUCCUCAGGAGGAGCUUCAGAAGCCACAGGAGGGAAGCCCAUCACCAUGACACUGGGGCAAGCUUCUGCAGGGGCCAAGGAGCUCACAGGGCUUCUCACCACAACCAAGUCAAGUGCUUCUGAAGGGGGAGUCCCAGCCAGCCCAGCGUCCUCAGUGGUUUCCAGCAGCACUGCGCCCAGUGCCUUGCAUGCACUCCAGAGCCGCCUUGUGGCCACCUCUCCUGGCAGCUCCCUCCCAGGGGCCACAUCAGCCAGCAGCCUCCUCCAAGGCCUCAGCUUCAGCUUGCAGGAUAUCAGCAGCAAGACCUCUGGUCUCCCAGCAAACCCCUCCCCAGGGCCAGUCCCACAGGCCACCAGUGUGAAGUUGCCCACCCCCAUGCAGAGCCUGGGUGCCAUCACCACGGGCACCAGCACCAUUGUCCGUACCAUUCCUGUGGCCACCACUCUCUCCUCCUUGGGUGCCACUCCUGGUGGGAAGCCCACAGCCAUCCACCAGCUGCUGACUAAUGGGGGCCUCGCUAAGUUGGCAAGCAGCCUCCCUGGCCUGGCUCAGAUCUCUAACCAAGCAACAGGCUUGAAGGUCCCCACCACGAUUACUCUGACACUCCGUGGCCAACCUAGCCGAAUCACCACGCUGAGCCCCAUGGGCUCAGGAGCAGCCCCAUCAGAGGAGCCCAUUUCCCAGGUGCUGCCCUCCAGCUCACAGCGCCUGCCUCCAGCACCCUGAAGAUGCCGUGCAGUGUGUCCUCCUUUAUCAGGUUGGUGAUGGCUGCUGGACGGGGAGACCUGGGCACAUGUGCUGUCCUGCUGAGCUAGCUGUCCACUGUCUGAAGAUCUCUUUCACACAGUCAUUUUUGCCUCUCUGACAACUGUCUUCAGGAUUGGGCCUCUGGGUCUUGUAUGACCAUUAGGCAAGGUGACCUGGUGCCAGCAAGGCGGGGGGGGCUUGCCUUCUACAGGUCUGGCUUCCAGAAUCCCCAGGUCCGCAGCAGAUCUGGCUGUGCAUGGCUCCGAGGCACUUCUCCAGCAUUAGCUGUAGCUUGACAAGUGGCAGUUUUGGACUACUCACUGCCUUGAAAUAAAGGAGUUCCUCUUCGAAGUCCAUGCUGCCCUGAGCCAAGUCAGGAGGAGACAUCCAUGUGAUCUGGGGCUGCAGGCAUUGGGAUUGAGAGCCCUUUGCUGAGGACCAGGAUCGUCCUGGCCCACUGGCUGGUGGUGUCAGAAGGGCUUGUUUUGUGCAUCACUGUCGUCUCCACUGAGCUGCCAUGGGAGGAGUGCUCCCUGUACAGCUCCCUCUUAGGAAGCACACUGGAUGCCAGGCAGCCCGCUGAGCCCUGGGGACUCCUCAGUUCAAAUACACCAGUGAGCAAAGAGAACUGGGCGAUCAUUUUUCAGUCCCUUUGGCCUGAAAACUGUGGGGAGCAGCAGUUGCCAGGAGGCGGAAACUGCCUUCUUUCUUUUUUCCAUCACGCUUUGGGCAGUUCCUGUAUCCAGAAAGCCUCAAGGUCUGGAAAGGCUGAAGAAGAGGAGGGAAGAGCAAAUGAAAUGGCUUGAAGGGCAUGUCAGUAAUUCCUUGGUGAAAACAGUUUGGGGUUGAGGCUAAGGAACUGUCGAUGCAAUUGGAGAUGAGAAGAAUUUGCUGAACUAGAGGGAAGAAACCCAACCCCUGAAGUUGCUGUCUCCAGUGCUUGGAAGUGAAACAGGUAAACUGCUGGAGUCACAUCUUGCCUGUUGCAGGAAGCUUGGGCAUCAGGACAACGAAGGCCGUGCUUCAGGAUUUCUGUUUCUGUUCUGUGUGACUUUUUGUCUUCUUGCUUAGAAGUGGGAAGAUUAUUGUCCUUGACCCUACUGUGCAGGGCUCUUGGUAUUGGCCUGAACACUGGAGGUGAAGGUUCGUUCCUGAGAUGUGAUCGCUAAAGAUGGAGCUCUGAACCUCUUCUUACCUCCUUGGAGUACUUGUGUGCAAGAGAGUUUUUAGAUUUGGCUUCGAGUCUAUCCUCCAGAGCAGGCUCCCUUCUCGUCUGUACUCUAGAAUGUUUCCAGCCAAGGCGACAGAUAAAGCCACCCAGACACAACUGUUGAAUAUCUGUAGGCAGGGAGGGCCUACACCCUGCCAUGGCCAGACUUGUGGUCCAGAGUUCUGAGCCAUGGUGCAGCAUAUCUCCCAACCAGGCUACCUGCGUUCAGUCCAGGAGCCUCACCUGCCUGUGAGUGGCAGCCGGGAACAUGUGGAGGAGUCUCAGACAAGGCAGGUUGGGGAGGAGCAGGCAGGGCCAGGGGUGAUUGUGCUGGGAGCGGAGAGGGCAGCUUAUCCGCUCCCUCUAUAACCUUCUGCAGAGCUGGUCUCAGCAGUGAUUCACACAGAGUUAGGCUGCCUUCUUGUAUUAGCUGACAGGUAACUGUUUUCUGAAAUUCAGGAGGCAUUUAGUAAGUUUGAGGAAGUUAUAAAAGAGACAUCCAGGGUCAGUGGUUAAUAACUUCACAGUUAGGAUAAUAACACACCAAUACGAACUGAGGACACUGCAACCGUGAGACUGUGUGAAGCUUUUAAGAAUCAGAGGUUCCUGAACAACCCAUUCAUGACUUAGGAGUGCAGCCUAACAGCACUGAAGGGGCUUCUCCUGAAAGAUGCUGGCCCAGUGUGCGCCAGGGCCAAAGGAAAAACUAACGCCUUGUCCUAGGUUGGUAUAAAUCAUAGUAUGCUUGCUAGGGAUGAUUUCCUAAGGCUUGGAUUGUACACUGUGAAGAAUGCCAAAACUGGAGAAGGGGAGUUGUGAGAACCUUGUUUUUCUUGACCAUGGAGGGACAGGCCAAAAGGGGAAGUGGUUGAAGUCUAUAGAAUCAUGUUCUCCAAUUCCAUACUUUUCCAACACACUUCUUGAGGUGUAAAGGAAGCUUUCCUCUGCCUAUCACGUAGCAGACCUGGACUCCACUACAGAAGGUCUUACUACUGGCCAGAAAUGUAGAAGGAUCGAGAGGGCUUUAGUGAAAUUCCUAGAUGACAGGUGCAUGGUGAUGCUCUACGCAAGAUAUCCUUCUGCUUUGAGGAGGAAGACCUUCUGUCUGUUUUUGGCUCUACUACUAGAAUGGUCUUGGGCUAGAUGGGUUAUAGAGCUGAGCUGCUGUGAUGGUUCUGUUCCUACAUUAGCCAAAACAAUAAAAAAUAAAAAUCAAUUUGGGGUUGCUUCAGCUUGUUUUCAGUUGACUUAUAUUUAUUCUGGUAACCACCCAGAUGAAGUGGCACAGAAAAUAAAAGCUAAGAUAUCGUGGUAAUGCCAAUGAUCGUCUUACUGAUGCGUGGUGCCAUGCGGUGGGUACUGUAAUUCCCUUUUACAGGCGAGGAAACUGACACAGAGAAGUCACAGCAGGAAGUGGCAGGAGCAGGACUGAGCCGAGGCAGUCUGAUGCCAGUGUCUGUUCUUCUCUGCACUCUGCUGGGGUUCUGAGAUGGGAAGCCGAAGUGGAGAUUAGCACAGGAGGUGAGGAGAGGGUGGCUUGGCCUUCGUGUGACCCCUUUCAGUUUAUUUCCCACCAGGCCUAGCGUGAUUGCUGCUGCCAUGGUGGGCGCUUGGCUGGGCCUGAAUUGGGAGGUGGGGUCCCUUGCCCUCGGUCCUGAGAGAUCGAAAUCCCUUUGCACGUCCUAUAUCUCUGUGCCCCUCAAGUAAAUAAAUAACGACUUAAGAGAUGAAUAAAUGAAUUCCAUUCUCCACAUAAUCUGUGAACCAGUAUCCAAGAGGACUUUCCUUCCUGCCCUUAAUUCCAGGUCCUGACAUUCAGCAUUGCAACCCUCUGUGGGUGGAAGCCAUAGUUCUGGUAGACAGCUCGGAGGUUCUGGCACGCAUGUGCUCAUCGUGUUAUCAUCCUUAAUAGAGACCUAGUGUGUUCUUUCCUUCACUUUCAACUCUGAUCUCACUGGCUUGGGUGGUCAGGUAAAGUGAGAGAUGAGGAUUGGAUUGUUUACUCUAAAGCUGUCUUAAACUUGCAGUAUAGGGAGCAGGCCAUAGCAUAUUAUGAUGCAAAAGAAGUUAUGCUAGCUUUUUAUCUUCCUUUCUGAAGUGUAUGUUUUCGUCAGGGUUGAUGGUUGCAGGAAGUAGGAACUGUUCACCACUCAUCAGUAUUCUCUCAAUAGGCAUUCUCACUGACGGAGCCUGACAGUGUCUGCUACUUGCCUCAUGACAUCACUUGCCUUGGAAUUGCCAGUGACCAGUGUUGAUCCUGUUGUCACAGGACUUUUUUUCAUCCCUUUGUGAGUGGCUGGUUUCUGUCUUUUCCGUUCAGAUUCUGAACACAGUGAACCUGAUUGAGUGAACCCACUUAAGAGUGGGUGGGUUCUUCUUAUCAAAUUUCACCUCAGUCUAAGAAUAGCAUCCAGAGGAUGAAUGGUUCAGAAUCCGACUAGGAACCAUGAGGUUGUGGGUUCGAUCCCUGGCCUUUCUCAGUGGGUUAAGGAUCUGGUGUUGCCGUGAGCAUUGCCGUGUAUGAGCUAUGGUGUAGGUUGCAGAUGCGACUUGGAGCCCGCGUUGUUGUGGCUCUGGCGUAGGCCGGUGGCCAUGGCUUCGAUUCGACCCCUAGCCUGGGAACCUCCAUAUGCCGUGGGAGUGGCCCAAGAAAUGGCAGGGGGAAAAAAAAAAAAAAGGUCAUAUGGUUCAUAUUAUUACCUUUCUGAGAUAGAAGGGAUUUUUUAAACAUUUUGGGCUGUUGAGAUGUGUGUUUGAUUCUGUUUAACUUGCACUGAUAGUAUAGGGAGGUCCCAUGUUCCCCUCAUCCAGUUUUCCUUAAUACUUAAAGUUCAUGUAACUAUAGCACAGUAUCAGAGCCAAAAGUUAACAUUGGUACAGUGUGUGUGUAUAGUUCUUGGUCAUUUUAUCCCAGUAAUCGUAAUCAGGGUACGGAACUGCCCCAUCACCGGGAAGAUCUUCAUAUUACCUCUUUAUAGUCCACUCCUCCCCACUGCUAAUCUGUAGCAACCACUCAGCUUCCCUACAUCUCUGUUUGUAGACUCGUGUAUCAAUAGGAUCCUACAGUACAGGACCUUCAGCAUAAUUCCCUUGGUGUCCACCCAAGUUGUGUUGUUUCAGUCAUUCAUUUCUUUUUACUGAUGAAUAUGAAUGUUCCAUGGAAUGGAUGUACCAUAGUUUCUGUGACCAUUGAAGGACAUCUCAUUGAUUGCCAGUUUGGGGCUAUUACAAAUAAAGCUGCUGUGAAUGUUUGUAAGCAGGUUUUUUUGUGAACAUUAGUUUUCUCUGGAAUAAAUGCCCAGGAGUGUGAUUAUUGGGUCACACAGUAGGGUUUUUUUUUUAAUUUAAUUUUUUAUUUUAUAGUGAAAUAUACUUGAUUUACAAUGUUGUGUUUUAGGUGUACAGCAAAGUGAUUCAGUUAAUACAUAUACAUAUAGCUAUUCUUCUUCAGAUUCUUUUCCCAUGUAGGUUAUUGCAGAAUAUUGAGUAGAGUUUCCUGUGCCAUAUAGUUUCCUCUGCCAUAUAGCAGUUUUCUGUCCUUGUUGAUUAUUUUUUAUUAAAAAAAAAUUUUUUUUGGCUGUGCCUGUAGGGCAUGCAAAAUUUCUGGGCCAGGGAUUGAACCCAUGCCAUGGCAGUGACACUGGAUUCUUAACCUACUCUGCCACCAGGGAACUCCGCUUUAUUUUUAUUUUUUUAUUUUAUAUAUAGUAAUGUGUAUGUAUAUAUUUAUCCCCAACUCCUGAUUUCUCCCUCUCCCCCACCUUUCCCCUUUGGUAACCAUAAUUUUUUUUUUUUUUUUGUCUUUUUGCCUUUUCUUGGGCCGCUCCUGCGGCAUAUGGAGGGUCCCAGGCAAGGGGUUGAAUUGGAGCCAUAGCCACCAGCCUACGCCAGAGCCACAGCAACAUGGGCUCCAAGCCGCAUCUGCAACCUACACCAUAGCUCAUGGCAACGCCAGAUCCUUAACCCACUGAGAAAGGCCAGGGAUCGAACCCGCAACCUCAUGGUUCCUAGUCGGAUUCGUUAACCACUGAGCCAUGACAGAAACUCCCAUAAGUUUGUUUUUUAAGUCUGAGAGUCUCUUUCUAGUUUGUAAAUAGGUUCAUUUGUAUCAUUUUUUUAGAUACCACAUAUAAGUGAUAUAUAAUAUUUGUCUUCGUCUAACUUCACUUAGUGUAGUAAUCUCUAGGUCUGUCUGUGUUGCUGUAAAUGGCAUUAUUCUUUUUUAUGGCUGAGUAAUAUUCCACUGUAUAUAUGUACCACACCUUUUUAUUACUCAAUGAAUUUAUCACAUCUGUAGUUGUAUAGUGAUCAUCACAAUCCAGUUUCACAGGAUUUCCACCCCCCAAACUGUCUCCUCCAGAGACCAUAAGUUUUUCCAUGUCUGUGAGUCAGCAUCUGUUCUGCAAAGAAGUUCAGUCUGUCCUUUUUUCAUAUUCCACAUGUCAGUGAAAGCAUUUGAUGUUGGUGUCUCUUUGUAUGGCUGACUUCGCUUAGCAUGAUAAUUUCUAAGUCCACCCAUGUUGCUAAAAAUGCUGGUAUUUUUUUCAUUUUAAUGGCUGAGUAAUACUCCAUUGUGUAUAUGUACCACAUCUUCUGGAUCCACUCUUCUGUCGAUGGACAUUUAAGUUACUUCUUGUCUUGGCUAUUGUAAAUAGCACUGCAGUGAAUGUUGGGGUACAUGAACCUUUUUGAAUUACGGUUUUCUUCAGAUAUAUGCCCAGGACUGAGAUUGCUGGAUCAUAUGGUAGUUCUAUUUUUAGUCUUUUAAGGAACCUCCAUACUGUUCUUCAUAGUGGUUGUACCAAUUUACAUUCCCAGUAAGUUUUAUUUUUUAAAGAGCUUUCAAACUGUUUUCCUAAGUAUUUGUUGUACUAUUUUACAUUCCCACCAGCAAUGUAGGAAAGAUCCAGUUUCUGUGCAUCCUUAUCAGCCCUUGAUACUUUGUUUCUUAUUUUAGCCAUUCUAAUAGAUGUCCUGUGAUGCCUGGUUAUAGUCUUUAAAAUUUGCUGAAGUUUGUAUAUGGUCCAGGAUCUGGUGGUUUAUCUUGAUAUAUUUUCUAUAGGUGCUUGAAAAGAAUGGGAAUUCUGCAGUUCCCACUGUGGCACAAUGGGAUGAGCAGCAUCUUUAGAGCCUGGGAAUGCAGGUUCAAUCCCUGACCCAGCAGAAUGGAUUAAGAAUCAAGCAUUGCCAUAGCUGCGGUGUAGGUCGCAACUGUGGGUCGGCUCUAAUCCCUGGCCUGGACAACUGUGGCUGGGUCUGAUCCAUGGCCCAGGAACUCCAUAGGGUAGGAGCGUAGCCAAAAAAAAAAAAAAAAAAAAAAAAAAAGAAUAUUGUUUGAUAGAGAGUUUUAUCAAUGUUGAUAAAAUUCUGUUGGUCAGUGGUAUUAUUGAAUUCUUAUAUCCUUGCUGACUUUCUGUCAAGUUUUUCUGUUGGUUUGAGAGUGGUGUUGAAAUUUCCAACUGUAAUUGUGGAGCUGUCUGUGUCUCCUUUCAGUUCUAUCAGUUUUUGUUUCACAUAUUUGGCAGUUUUGUUAUCUGGUAUAUACAUAUUUAAGAUUUCUAGGUCUUUUUGAUGGCAUGAUUCUUUUUAUCAUUAUGUAAUGUCUGUCUCUACCUGGUAAUUUUCUUUGCUCAUACUUAAAACCCUCUGUCACCCGAGAAACAGUGUCAGGAGAGCCUUCAUGAUGGCCCUGUCUAUAACUUCCCUUAGCUGCUCUGUAGCAAUGUAUAUACUUUUUUUUUUUUAAGGAAUUUUUUUUUUUUUUUGGUCUUUAUGUCUUUUUGCUCCCACGGUAUAUGGAGUUUCCCAGGCUGGGGUCUAAUUGGAGCUGUAGCCAGAGCCACAGCAACUUGGGAUCUAAGCUGCAUCUACAACCUACACCACAGCUCACAGCAACGCCAGAUCCUUAACCCACUGAGCAAGGCCAGAGAUCGAACCCGCAUCCUCAUGUUUCCUAGUCAGAUUCGUUAACCACUGAGCCACGAUGGGAACUCCUGUACUCAUUGUCUUUAUUAAUUGAGCUCAUCUUUUCAGUAUGGUUUUUUAUUUAUACAUUUAUUUGGAUGCCACCUGUGACUUUGGGAUGUUGUCUGGCCAGGGUUGGAUCUCCCAGUGCAGCUCUUACCACAGCCAUAGCAGUGGGAGAGAAAGAGACUCUUAAACCAGUCAACUUCGAGGGAACACACUGAGCUUUCUUGAAGAUACCAAUCAAUCCUGCUGAAUUCGUCAGACCUGGUUUUGGUCAGCCCACCAUAGCCUGGUGCUGUACUGAAAAGAGAGGCUUAUCUUGAAGGGCAAGAAAGAAAUUUCACUAGGUCUCUUGAACGAAAAAAGCACAUGGAUUAGCACUGCUGCCACCCUGAUGUCACUGAAGUCUCCCAAUCAUUCAUCAGCUGCAGCCUCUCUCUCCACAUACCUAAACCCCCAACAGGGGCUUAAAAAUGGCCAGCUCACAAUUCAACACAGAUGCUAAGUGGGUCUCAGCUCCUGCUUCUGGAGGAACACAAGGCAUUCUGAAAUCCAGGGAAUCCCUCAAGCAUUCUAAACACACUGCCAACCAACCAGGCUGCUAAUUCACCUAAAACUGCUGAAGGGACAACUGUGUCCUCUGCCUGACAUGGGGCAUCUUGGAGCAGAGAAAUGCAUGUGCCCAGAAAACAACCCCAAACCUCUGGGUGCUUGCUGUGGAUUCUGCCCAAGACACCAUCAACCCGAAAUCUCAGCCUGCACCUGCAGCCCUGGAGCUGCACCUGGGUCCAGAAGAUACUCUGGCGCUAUCUUGUGGACAUUUGCACUAACAGCAAGUCUCAUGUCUUCCUCCUCUCUCUGGCUCAGCAGCCCCCCAGGGCUUCCUUGGCCGUGGACAAUAUGUUGGUUAGAUUUAGUUCUGCUUUCUUGAAAUACCAACAAGUGCCUUUCCAAGUGGGCUAUUUCUCUCUCAAAGAUUCUCAGAGCCUUGAGGCCAACCUACCCCCUGCCACUCUGUUCAAACACUUAGCUCCCCACCCAUCAUGUCAUGACAACCUUCUUCCUUCUUGUAUAUCUGUGCACAUAUGUAUUUAUGAAGAUAGGUGUGUACAUGUAGAACUAUUAAUGUUUUCUUCAUUGGCUGUUAUUCCUUCAUUUGUUCAGUAAAGUCGUCUUUUUUCUCUUUC